GAAUUUUACCCUUGUUCAACUUCUGUAAAGUUAUGAAAGUAAUUCAAUUUUAGCAAUUUUUACUUUACUAGAGAUACAUGCUACAAGAUCUAUAAAAUUUAAUGACAUUUCUUAGGCCUAACAUUUCUAGUGAAAGAUGCAAAACCCAUUAAUUGGCAAAAAGACGUUCUACAUAACUAAUGACCAAUUUAAGAUUAAAUAAGAGAAAAAAAUCGGUCAAAAAAACACUGAACUUUGCGGGAAUUGCCAAAAGAAACCUGGAUAUAUGGGCUAGCCAAUAAAAUCAUGAACUUUUGUUGACUUUUCGGGUUUAUUAAGAAACUUACGAUUGACUGACCAGAUUAACACACCGUUAACCGAGUUAACUGUUAAUUAAGCGGACGUUUAUUUUGGGUGUUAAAGUAUACGACGUCGUUUCAUCACUUUGUCUGAUUAAAGACAAACGACGUCGUUUAUAUAGCUGUGUUAUUAAAAAUAUGGGUUUCCUACGGCUCGAACUCGUGUACUCGGGUUUAAUGGUAGGGGUUUUUGCCACUGAGCUAGUGGACUUUGCGAUAGAUUUACGAACACAAUUUCUUUUAUUCUUCGAAUCCGAGUUAAAGACAAAUUAAUGAAACGACGCGUUUUAUAUUAACUUUUUAUUAAAAAGAUGGGGUUCCAUCGACUCGAACUCGUGCACUCGGGUUUAAUGGUAGGGGUUUUUGCCACUGAGCUAGUGGACUUUGCAAUGUAUGUACGAACACAGUUUCUUUUAUUCUCUUUGAAUCCGAGUUAAAUGAAUCAAAAAGAAACGACGGCGUUUUCUCCUCCGAUUGGUAUAAACCCUAAAUGGGCGAAAUCAUAAAUCCAGUUCGCGAUUCAAGCUCGAUUCUCUUCGAUCUCGUCCUUAAGAAUCUCGAUUCUCAUCUCUCCUUCUUCGAGUAUCGCAUGAUGAGUUCGGGUUGUGAGGAUUCGUCUGUGAAUACGAUGGGAAUUCGUGGUAUCCCGGAGCAAUGCGGCUGUGGUCGAAGAACUGGGAUAUACACAUCAAAAACGAAGGUCAAUCCAGGAAGAACUUUCUUUAGAUGCCCAACGUUUCAAAAUGAUCACUUGUAUAAAUGGGUAGAUGAAGCUGUCUACGAAGAGGUUCAAGAUGCAUUGCCAAAAGUUGAGUGCUUUGCAUCAGAUGUUAUGAAACUUAAAAUGGAGAUCGAAAGCAUGAAAACCGUGGAGGAAGAGUUGAAAGAAGAUGUUAGGAAGGCGAGCAAUGAACUUAAGAAGCUGAAUGUGAUCAUGAAAGUGGGUUUUUCGGUGGUUUGUUUAUGCGGUGUGAUAUGUCUUGUGUUGAUCAUGUUUGACAAAGCAUAUGGGUUGUCUAUGAAUAGCUACUAGGAGACUCUGUUUAUGUAAGGCUAUGUUUAUGUAAGACUCAUGGUUCAUGUAAGGCUAUGUUUUAAGACAAUGUUUCAAUAAUAUUUAUGUUUUACUUCUUGAUUGUUUA